GACCUGAGAAACAGAAAGUGCAUGUUUUAUGUUGAGUACUUUAAUCUGGUGAUCAAGUCCACUUAUAACUAAAUGUGUGCAAAAGACAAGAAUCAGUCAGUCAGCAGCCCAAACAGACAUGAACAUUCCAGAACAGUGAUGAUCUGCAAAGGCACAGUGCUGACAAUUCCGUCUUGUAAUCUCACAUAAUUUGUGAAAAUGAAGAAGUACUAUCAAGAAAGGGAAUGCUCCAUACUCCUCAUCUUCUUUUAUGUGGCUCAGGUCCAAACAAAUACCUUUACAGUCAGUGUCCCAUCUGGCCCCAUCAAUUUUAAGCUGGGUCAGGAUGCUGUUAUCCCAUGCUUCCUAUCUCCAAGCAUCAGUGCCGUGAACAUGAAGGUGACAUGGCUUCAAAAUCAUUUGUUGCCUAUACUGGUGUAUGAGAAUCAAAUCGAAACAUCAGGCCCAAACUUUGCAGGCAGGACAAGCCUCAAUGUUGAACAACUGAUUCACGGUGAACUGUCCUUGUUGAUAAAGAAUGUUCAAGUUAUGGAUGAAGGACAUUAUUCCUGUUCUGCCAGUCAGGGUGCCUCAGAACAAAGUGCAAGCAUUGAAGUAAAGAUUUCAGCUACUGGAACAUAUCCCUUGAUCUCACUAGAUGAACAAGGUAACAAAGUUAUUCAUCUGACAUGUGUUUCUGAAGGCUGGUAUCCUCCACCAGAGUUGUUCUGGAUUGAUGGGAGAGACAGAGAUUUAACACUCUCUACUACAAAGGAAAAGAGCAGAGAAGGACUGUUUCUUGUAAAAAGUACAAUACUUGUAUCGCAACAAGACAGUCCCCAUCUGUCCUGCAUGGUCAAAAGCAGAGGGAAGACAGAAUUAAAGUCAAGAAUAGAAAUUUCAGGGGACUUCUAUCGAGCUAAACCUUGGGUGGUGGCCCUGUCUGUAGCCACACCAUGUUUGUUAGUGUUCAUCCUUCUUGUUGCCAUUUUCACUUAUAAGACUGAAGGAAAAUACAAAAAGUACAAAAAAGUAUUAGAAGAGCGAGAAAGUAGUUUAGAUAAAACAAGAAAAGAGUGUGAUGAUCUUAAAAUACAAUAUGAUAACUGUAAACAGCAGGCUAGAGAAGAAAUACAGAAAGCACGCGAAUAUGCAUGUGACUUAACUCUGGACCCGGCAACAGCUCACCCCAAACUAAAAGUGUCUGAGGAUAACAAAUCAGUCAAAUAUGCAAAAGAGCAGACUGAUGUUCCCAAUAAUGAACAGCGCUAUAAGUAUUGGUCAGGUGUUCUGGGAAGUGAAGGGUUCACCUCUGGACAGCAUUACUGGGAGGUGAACGUAAAGGACUUGAAUCACUGGGAUUUGGGCAUUGCUAAAGAGUCCGUUUCCAGAGACCAAAUAGGAGACAUUCAGCCCAAAAUGGGCUACUGGAGCAUCUGGUUUGUUUACAAGGAAUACAGGGCGCUUGAUGAAGCAAGAAGUGUCAUAAGAACAAAUGGACACGUUGAUGUUGUUGGUGUGCAUCUAAAUUUUGAUGAGGGGAAGGUGGUGUUUUAUGACGUAAAUAAUUAUUUUCACCUUUACACUUUCCAUGCAGAAUUCAAAGAAAAGGUUUUUCCUUUUUUUAAUCCCUGGGGUAAUGAAACUGAAAUGAAGCUAAUGACAUCUAGUAACGAGGUAGAAAAUGUAUGCAUAGCAUAACAUCCAGGUGUAUUUGGUGACUAAGUCAGCUGAUAUAAAAGUUAGAGCAUUUCACAUUUUUUAAUUACUUCAUCAAAGACUUAGUUAUUACACUUUUGUUAAGUAUAUGCAAAACAAUGAGUCAUAUUCAACAAUAACAGUGAUAACAGAAUGCAUAGCAUAUGACUGUUACAAUUGCUUUCAUAUUAUUUCCUUUUAUUCCCAAUAGCUUUAUUGAUUUUUUUCCAGUAGUCCCUUUUAUUCAUUCAUCAUAUAGUCAUCAAGAUUCUUUAAAAAAGGAUAUUUAUUCACAACAAUCAGGAAAUACAGCAGAAUGAGAAAAAGAGUCUAAAAGAGAUGCCAACAUGGCAAUCAGAAAGCAAAAAAGCUCCAAUACAAAAAAAAAAAACGAAAUCAAAAUCCUUAGGCAGAUGCAAAAAAGAGUAGAAAUAAACAGAAAAUCCAAUGACAAUAGCAGUACUUAUAUAUAUAUACAGUGGAACUUCGGGUCACGAACGUCUUGGAACACGUACAAAUUGGCCAAACUUUUGCAUCUGUUCACGACCACACACUCAGGUGACGAACAAGCCAGUUUCUCUUUCAGUUCGUACGCGCCGGUGAUUUAAGCAUGUGUUCAGUCUCUCCCUGUACAGUACGUUGUUCUUAGUCAUUCCAAGUUUUCAUCCUCUUUCUCUGUAUGUUUAUCAUUCGUUUGCUGAGAGGUUGAUGCGCUUGCUGCUUCCUGAGCAGCUCUUCUUUUCUCCACCCUAGAGGCCCGCUUCUUCUCUUCUUAAUUCAGCUUCUUUUCACGUUAAAACUGAUUAAGUCAGUGUUUGUGUUCCAAUUACUUAGUAUGUUUUCUUUAAUUUUUCACUUAAUCUGGCACUUAAGUCUUCAAUCUGCCUCAAGAGUGAUUUAAGAUACGAAGAGGUUGGGGAAGUGACAGCGAAGGUGGUAGGGAUGAGAAUGCCGCCCGUACGCAUGCGCCGCAUGGCCACCCUGCUGGCCGCUGCCAAGAGUUAAUUCUACAAUAAAAUAAAAAUAAAAAGAGGAAUAACCUUUGGAGGUCAAUCAUCACCCCGAAAGUGGUUAGUAGACGUCACGUAGUAUAUGUGUACCAAAUUUCAGGUCAAUAGGUCAAACGGUUUGCGAGCUACAGGUGAUUUAAAAUCCUGGAAAGACCAACGAACAUCCACAGUAGUGUAUUAUAUAUAAAGAUAAGUUGACUUGCCUGUUUGUAGUUCUGAUUUUUCUAACAAAAUAACCAGUCUCUUUUUAGACAGUGCAAGUAUCAAAACAGAUGGAUUGGCAUCUCGACGGGGAUCAGUGUUAAUACUCUACCCAACUGGGAAGCCAAAAUGGAAGAAUGUGGUUGGACAGGCAUCCAGGCCGGGUUGGUUGCUGGUACCUAUCCUGGUAAGGAAGCCAUAAUGGAUGGACAAAGAGAAGCUGCUUCCCAGGGCCACGUAUUCCCCUGUACACAGGUGGUAGCAUCCCUCUGUUGGAACUCCAUUUUAACCCCACAGGGAAUAUUGGGAGCUGUAGUUCCGAGAGGCAGCCUUGUUGGCAUACUUAGGAGCUUCAGGGGAACUCUGUCCUCACUAUGGGGUACUUCCACCUGGCCCAGAAGUGCUUCCAAUAUACAGUGAUUUGACCCCGGAACUACUAACGGGUCUGGCAUAAAAGGCGCCACCUUAUCUGCACCAGGGAGUCAGAGUUGGAGGUGUAGUCAGAUGAAGCUCACCUGGGUGGAGUGGAGAAGGGGAGAGUCGUAUUGGUGGAGCUGAAGAGUGUGGUAAGGUAUUUGUGGCAAUAACUCUAUUUAUUCAAAUCUGGAACUGUGUCUGCACUGUUGUGUCUGAGGUUUGAGGUGCUGCAACACAACAGAUGAACACACCAGUCACACCACACUGCAAACCUGCUUUUUUGUUGAACUAUUUCUGCAUAUUUUUACAGCACUUACUAGUUUAACUGAUGCAUAAAUGACUGAGUAAUGUGUGUUUCACUGGAAUGUAAGGUGUUUAAAUUUCA